GGCGCCCCCCACAUAGACUUUGGUUGUGGUUUCUGCUCCCGGUACCCGGGGUCAGUUUUGAGCCGGAGCUGUUGUCUAUCCUACUCUAGCUGUAGAAAGCAGCAAAGGUCGUUUCUGGUCACGGCUCUAAGGAAGCCACUCUCCUUUGAGAGACGGGAGCCACCGAUUUUUUUUUAGUUCCUGGAAGUUCCUCCUCAGCCCCUGCUUGGUUUCCCCCGCCACCUCCGGACACCCCCCAGGUCCCUAACUCUUCCAGACUCUAACCAUGAACCUUCAACGUCUGUUGUUGCGCUUUCCGGGUUAUCUGGGGGCCUUGGCCCCCCCACGUCGCCUGUGGCGGUUCCCAUCCCUCGACACUAUCUCCCCGUUGGGACCCUGGCGUGGUCAGUCCUCCAGGUCCCCAGCCCACUGGAACCAGGUGGUGUCAGAGGCUGAGAAGAUCGUGGGCUAUCCCACAUCCUUCAUGAGCCUCCGCUGCCUGCUGAGCGACGAGCUCAGCAACAUCGCAAUGCAGGUGCGGAAGCUGGUGGGAACUCAGCACCCUCUGCUUACCACUGCCAGGGGGCUUGUGCAUGACAGCCGCCAUAACCUCCAGUUGAGGGGCUUGGUGGUGCUGCUUAUUUCGAAAGCAGCUGGGCCCAGCGGAGUGAACACUUCACAGAACUAUGACACAGUCAGUGGGAUCUACUCAUGUCAAAGAAGUUUGGCAGAGAUCACAGAACUUAUCCAUACUGCUCUCCUUGUACAUCGUGGGAUAGUAAAUUUAAAUGAAUUGCAGUCUUCUGAUGGACCACUGAAAGACAUGCAAUUCGGAAAUAAAAUAGCUAUCCUAAGUGGAGACUUUCUUCUAGCAAAUGCCUGCAAUGGACUAGCCCUGCUACAGAACACCAAGGUUGUGGAACUUUUAGCAAGUGCUCUUAUGGACUUGGUACAAGGAGUAUACCAUGAAAAUUCUACUUCAGCCAAGGAAAAUUAUAUCACAGAUGAUAUUGGAAUAUCAACUUGGAAGGAGCAGACUUUUCUCUCCCAUGGUGCCUUACUAGCAAAGAGCUGCCAAGCUGCGAUGGAAUUAGCAAAGCAUGAUGCUGAGGUUCAGGAUAUGGCAUUUCAGUAUGGGAAGCACAUGGCCAUGAGUCAUAAGAUAAAUUCUGACCUCCAGCCUUUUAUUAAAGAAAAGACCAGUGACUGUGUGACUUUUCAUCUAAACUCAGCUCCUGUAGUUUUACAUCAGGAGUUUCUUGGAAGAGAUUUGUGGAUUAAGCAGAUCGAAGAGGCUCAAGAAAAAGGAAGAUUAAACUAUGCUAAGUUGCGAGAAACAAUCAAAGCUGGCAAAGGUGUGACUUCAGCUAUUGACCUGUGUCGUUACCAUGGAAACAAGGCACUGGAGGCCCUGGAGAGCUUCCCUCCCUCGGAGGCCAGAUCGGCUUUAGAAAACAUUGUGUUUGCUGUGACCAGAUUUUCAUGACACCAAAUUAAAAAGACCCUAUUGUUCCUUAGCUGAAAAACCUAGGGAAUGAGGUGAUUGGAAGAGCUUUUGUGAGGAAAUAUCUAAACGUGUUUAUGACUUUAAAAUAUACACAUUUUCCUCCUUCCUUUUAUCACAUUGCUAAAAUGAAUACUGCCUUCAUUUUGGAACUGCUACAAACAAAAUUAGAAGGAAAAAAAAAAGGUCAAGCAGUUUUCACUUGUCACGCCAGAAGCACACUUGAGGCUGCAGCAGCAGAAAUAAUUAAUGAGAUUCGCUCCUGUGACCUCAGCAAAUGGACAGGAAAUAAGUCCUUAUUGAUUGGACCGAGCCACGGAUGGCGCCAGGGCGGUGGCCUGUGGUUUUCCUUCUAGAGAGGACAGAGCAAGCUGGAAGCUGCAGGUGUCAAGAGAAACACUCUGGAUCCCAGCCAGGAAGGAUUGUCAAAUCAGAAACCACUGACCCAUCUGUCAAAAUGGAGAAGAGUUCAGUGAAUUAAGAAAAAAUAUGCUUUCUUUGUCAUCUUGCAAUUAUGUCUCUAUUUAUAGAUACAAUAUGAAUAUUUCUAGCAUCAUGGUUUUUAUAAGAUUUGGGGGUAGGAGGGAAAUUGCUGAAAAAGUUGCCAAAUAUUUAAAGUAGGAGAUUAAAUGUUAUCUUGGUAUAUUA